GGUCGCCGUGCGGGUAGCUGGAGGCUUGGGGUGGCUGUGGGAUCCUGGGCUGGAGCGAGGGCUCGGGAGGUGCGCCGCGCCGGAGGAGGGGACGCCCUGCCCGACGCCCCCCAGCCUAUGGAUCGGGGUAAGAUGGCGGAGGCAGAGAGCCUGGAGACAGCUGCGGAGCACGAGCGGAUCCUGCGAGAGAUCGAGAGCACCGACACGGCCUGCAUUGGGCCCACGCUCAGGUCUGUCUAUGAUGGUGAGGAACAUGGGCGGUUCAUGGAGAAGCUUGAAACACGCAUCCGCAAUCAUGACCGGGAAAUUGAGAAAAUGUGCAACUUUCAUUACCAGGGCUUUGUGGACUCUAUAACUGAGCUGCUGAAGGUGAGAGGAGAAGCCCAGAAACUCAAGAAUCAAGUGACGGAUACUAAUAGAAAACUACAACAUGAGGGAAAGGAACUGGUAAUAGCAAUGGAAGAGCUGAAGCAGUGUCGACUACAACAGAGAAAUAUUUCUGCCACUGUUGAUAAAUUAAUGCUGUGUCUUCCAGUUCUCGAGAUGUAUAGCAAACUGAGGGACCAGAUGAAAACUAAAAGGCAUUACCCUGCCCUGAAGACUCUGGAACAUCUCGAGCAUACCUAUCUGCCUCAAGUAAGCCACUAUCGAUUCUGCAAGGUGAUGGUGGACAACAUCCCCAAGCUCCGAGAAGAGAUUAAGGAUGUGUCUAUGUCUGAUCUCAAAGACUUUCUGGAAAGUAUCCGCAAACAUUCAGACAAAAUUGGAGAGACUGCCAUGAAGCAAGCCCAACAACAAAGAAACCUGGAUAACAUCGUCUUGCAGCAACCUAGAAUUGGCAGCAAGAGAAAAUCUAAGAAAGAUGCUUAUAUAAUUUUUGACACAGAGAUGGAAAGCACUAGCCCCAAGUCUGAACAGGAUUCAGGAAUUCUGGAUGUAGAAGACGAGGAAGACGAUGAAGAGGUACCUGGGGCUCAAGAGUUGGUGGAUUUUUCUCCUGUUUAUCGAUGUCUGCAUAUAUAUUCUGUCCUGGGUGCCCGGGAAACAUUUGAGAACUACUACCGAAAGCAGAGGCGAAAACAGGCUCGUUUGGUGCUACAGCCUCCGUCUAACAUGCAUGAAACUUUAGAUGGCUACAGAAAGUAUUUUAAUCAAAUUGUAGGCUUUUUUGUGGUGGAAGAUCACAUAUUACAUACCACCCAGGGCUUGGUAAAUAGAGCCUACAUUGAUGAACUGUGGGAAAUGGCGCUGUCAAAAACCAUUGCAGCACUCCGCACCCACUCGUCUUACUGCUCUGAUCCAAACCUCGUAUUAGAUUUGAAGAACCUCAUUGUGCUUUUUGCGGACACACUUCAGGUAUACGGUUUUCCUGUAAACCAGCUUUUUGACAUGCUGUUAGAAAUCAGAGAUCAAUAUAGUGAAACUCUGCUAAAGAAAUGGGCAGGUAUUUUCAGAAACAUACUUGAUUCUGACAACUACAGUCCUAUACCAGUCACAAGUGAAGAGAUGUAUAAAAAGAUUGUAGGACAGUUCCCAUUUCAAGAUACAGAGCUAGAAAAGCAACCUUUUCCCAAAAAGUUUCCUUUCUCUGAGUUUGUGCCGAAAGUUUACAACCAAAUUAAAGAAUUUAUCUAUGCCUGUCUGAAGUUUUCAGAAGACCUUCAUCUAAGCUCAACUGAAAUUGAUGACAUGAUUCGUAAAUCUACAAACCUGUUGCUAACCAGGACUCUGAGCAACUCUCUACAGAAUGUCAUUAAAAGGAAAAAUGUUGGACUUACAGAGCUUGUGCAGAUUAUUAUCAAUACAACACACUUGGAAAAAUCCUGUAAAUACUUGGAAGAAUUUAUCACCAAUAUCACUAAUGUACUUCCAGAGACAGUUCAUACCACCAAGCUCUAUGGUACCACAACUUUUAAGGAUGCCAGACAUGCAGCUGAGGAGGAAAUUUAUACCAACUUAAACCAGAAGAUUGAUCAGUUUUUACAGCUGGCUGAUUAUGACUGGAUGACAGGAGACUUGGACAACAAAGCUAGUGAUUACCUAGUCGACCUCAUUGCCUUCCUGCGAAGCACCUUUGCUGUAUUCACACACCUGCCUGGCAAGGUGGCCCAGACCGCAUGCAUGUCAGCUUGCAAGCACUUAUCCACAUCCUUGAUGCAGCUUUUGCUGGAGGCUGAAGUACGGCAGCUCACUUUGGGAGCAUUGCAGCAGUUCAACCUGGAUGUCAGAGAAUGUGAACAGUUUGCCAGAUCCGGCCCGGUGCCUGGGUUCCAGGAGGACACGCUGCAGUUGGCCUUCAUCGACUUGAGACAACUUCUGGAUCUCUUCAUCCAAUGGGACUGGUCAACCUACCUUGCUGACUAUGGUCAGCCCAACUGCAAGUACCUCCGAGUAAACCCAAUGACAGCUCUGACCCUGCUUGAGAAGAUGAAGGACACUAGCCGCAAGAACAACAUGUUUGCACAGUUUCGGAAAAACGAGCGAGACAAGCAGAAAUUGAUCGACACCGUGGCCAAGCAGCUCCGGGGACUCAUCAGCAGCCACCAUUCAUGAAGGCUGGCCUGGGCCCAGGGAGGCUGCUCGCUGCGGCCACGGAGUCUGGGCCAUGCCCGGGCUGGCCCCUGCAUUUGUUCAUCCUUCUUCAGAGAGAGCAGAUGUAUUUUUGUAAUAACCUACGUACAGCGUCCACAUAACCUUUCCCGAUAGUCAGAGAGGCACAAGAGGAAGCAAGUCCAUGCACCGUUGCUGGGCGGGGAUGCAGGGGAAGUUCUUCUUCACAGUCUCUUUUCCCCUGGA